UCCCUAUAACACUCAACUGGGCCAAGGAGCUGUCCUAUCACUGGGCGGAGUUAGGCCCAGAAAGAAGGAGGGGGGUUUGCAGAGGUGUGUGGGGGUGUGAGAAAGGAAGGUGGAAAAGGAGAAGGAGGGGGGUACACUACUUUCUUGGACAAGUUUUUCAGUCCCACUGUCAAGUAGUUGAGAAUUUGUUAGCCUAAACAAGUAGCAGACAUGGACAUGGCAGACUACAGCGAAGCUCUGGACCCAGCCUAUACCACGCUGGAGUUCGAAAACAUGCAAGUGCUCCCCUUGGGUGCAGACUCCUCACCGGCUGAAAGCACUAACAUGAACGCUGCGAGCCACCUGGCAGCAGGCAGCUUGUGUGCCAUAUGUGGAGACAGAGCUACAGGCAAGCACUACGGUGCCUCCAGCUGUGACGGCUGCAAGGGUUUCUUCAGACGAAGCGUCCGGAAGAACCACAUGUAUUCGUGCAGGUUUAACAGACAAUGUAUCGUGGACAAAGACAAGAGGAAUCAAUGCAGAUACUGCCGACUGAAGAAAUGCUUCAGAGCUGGCAUGAAGAAAGAAGCUGUACAGAAUGAAAGAGACAGAAUAAGCACCAGAAGAUCCAGCUAUGAAGACAGCAGUUUACCAUCAAUCAAUGCACUCAUCCAGGCAGAUGUAUUGUCGAGACAGAUCACGUCCCCUACUCCUAUACUCAACGGUGACAUACGGACUAAAAAGAUUGCCACCAUCACAGACGUGUGUGAGUCCAUGAAACAGCAGCUGUUGGUCUUAGUGGAGUGGGCCAAGUACAUCCCAGCCUUCUGUGACCUGCCCCUGGAUGACCAGGUGGCAUUGCUUCGAGCUCACGCAGGAGAACAUCUCCUUCUCGGUGCUGCAAAGAGGUCAAUGCUUUACAAAGAUAUCCUCUUAUUAGGAAAUGACCACAUCAUUCCCAGAAACUGCCCAGAGUUGGAGGUGGGCAGGGUAGCAGUUAGAAUCCUGGAUGAGCUGGUGCUUCCCUUCCAAGAGCUUCAGAUAGAUGACAAUGAAUAUGCCUCCUUGAAAGCCAUAGUUUUCUUUGACCCAGAUGCUAAAGGUCUCAGUGACCCCGGAAAGAUCAAGAGGAUGCGGUAUCAGGUCCAGGUGAGCCUUGAGGACUAUAUAAACGACAGGCAGUAUGACUCUCGAGGCCGCUUUGGAGAGCUCCUCCUGCUGCUGCCAACGCUACAGAGCAUCACCUGGCAAAUGAUUGAACAGAUCCAGUUUGUCAAACUUUUUGGCAUGGCCAAGAUUGACAAUCUGCUCCAGGAAAUGCUUCUUGGAGGUUCUGCUAACGAAGCGCCACACGCACCUCACUCUUUGCACCCUCACCUGGUUCAGGAGCACCUCAGCACCAAUGUUAUAGUGACCAGCAACAUGCCAACGCCGAUCCAUAACGGUCAAAUCUCCACUCCUGAAACCCCAAUCCCAUCUCCGCCCACUGCCUCCAGCUCAGAACAUUAUAAAAUGGUUCAGGGGGUCAUAGCCACUGUGCCCAAGCAGCCAACCUCAAUCCCUCAGCCAACUAUUACAAAGCAAGAGGCCAUUUAACAACCCUUUAAAUCUUUAUUCCUUCAGUUUUUUUUUUUUCAAUUAAACCAGGGUUUUUACAUGUAUGUUUAUACACAAUCAGCAUUGAAGCUGUUAACUUGACUGAAACCUUAAAGUAGCUAAAUACUGUGUAUAGAAUAUAAUUUCCAGGUAUGUUCUUUACAGAUUGAUAGCUUGAGUCUUCAAGCAUCACUUUGUACAGGUAUGCAGCUGCAGCUGAGCUUCAUCGCUCAACGAAGGCCAGAUAAAACCAUAAGCAUUGUAACUUUCUAGGCUUACUUGCUGCUUAGAAGUACACUGCUGUACACAUAUAUAACUCAUUAUUGGGUAACUUCAGUUCAGUUAGCAUUUCCUCAGUGUGUGCAGUAAGGCUUGUGUUAGAAAUGGCAACGUAAUCAUGUCAGUAUUUUAUUAAUGUUACAACAGGCCUCACACUGUCAUAUAUUUAGUGUUGAAUUUUUUUUUAUUUCACAUUUAUUAAAAUUAAAUUGAACUCAGAAAAAAAAAAAAGCUAAAGAAAAUUCCUCAAAAGAGUCGCUCUCAACUAUUUCCUGACAAAACAAAAAUCUGUGGUUUGUUUUAUGCACUGGGAUAUUUACAGGAG